AGCUUUUGUGAGAAAUGUUUUUGUUAGUAAACAUUAUAGUGAGAAACAUUUUCGUAUGAAAAACAUUACUUGAAAGACAUGUCGAAAGAAGAGAAAAAGAGACCAGACCCAGACUUGCCCCUGGAUGUGUCCCGUUUACUGCUCAGAGUUGGCGACAUAAUGUUUGUCCAAAAUCACCCGAAGAAAAGGGCGGAGAAAGAAUACUACUGCCCUAUAGUAGACAUUGGGGAAGAAGAGCAUAGACUGAUUGCAACUAGACUUGUUAAGUGGUACAAAGAGGACGAAUUGGAUGAUCGGCUAUGUGUUGUGGUGGUUAAUAUUCGGGAAUUGGCUGUUCACGGAAUUGAAUCUGAAGGAAUAUUGCUUUGUGCUCAGGAUGAUAAAUUUGGUUUUGAACUUGUAUCCCCCCCAUCAGAUUCUCAACCAGGAGAUCUAAUCAUGGUUCCAGGGUACAAAUAUCAUGAGGGUUCAACAGGAAUUACUUACGAUGAUUUCAACUUAAUCGCUGAGGAUUUGGGAGUGAAUAGCGAAAAACAAGUUGUUUAUAUGGGCAUACCUCUGGAGGUUCCUGGAAAAGGAUAUGUAACAACCCAGUUUUCAAAAGACUGUCCAAUCAGGAGUCCUAUAGAAAAAUAA